AUGAAGAAUGAUGGUACGUCAAUAAUCGUGACGAAUUUAUCGUCAAUUAUCAUAGAUAAUCAUAUUAAUAAUAAUAAUAAUAAUUUAAAAAAUUUUCCAAUAACAGCAACACUUAGAAUACGUAGAAUCUAUACGAAUCAAUAUGCAGUGAAAAUUAGUGGUGGUAAUAAAAAUGAAGCCGAGCAGUUGGCUAAAAAAUAUGGAUUCAUUAAUCUUGGACCAAUUAUACCCAAUGAUGAGUACUAUCUUUUUGAAUUGCCAACCAAGCAGAGGCGUUCAUCACGUCGAACGAGAAGCAUACAAGCAUCUAAUAUUGCUCAUGAACCACACGUGGUAUGGAUAGAACAGCAAAUAGCUAAAAAACGGGUGAAACGUGGAUUCAAAUCUCAUUUUUCUCAUGAGGAAUUGGACAAUGAAUAUCAUAUAAGAAUAAAUAAAAAGACGUCGAUUCGAAAUAAACAAAAUAACAAGGAUGUUCUUACAAGUAACGAUACGUAUAACCUAAAUGAUCCUUUAUGGGCUGAUAUGUGGUACCUUAAUCGAGCAGUUUUCGAUCGUGGUAUGGAUCAUAAUGUUCGUGAAGCAUGGGCUCUUGGAUAUACAGGACGAGGUGUUGUUGUAACUAUUUUAGAUGACGGUCUUGAACGAACUCAUCCUGAUAUUGCUCCUAAUUAUGAUGCUAAGGCUAGUUAUGAUGUAAAUGAUCGCGAUGAUGAUCCUACACCACGAUAUGAUUAUACGGAUGAAAAUAGACAUGGUACUCGUUGUGCUGGAGAAGUUGCCGCAAUUUUCAACAAUUCACUUUGUAUUGUCGGAAUUGCAUAUAAUUCUCGUAUUGGUGGAAUACGAAUGUUAGAUGGUGAUGUAACUGAUGCUGUAGAAGCAAAUAGUCUUGGCCAUAAUUCGGAUCAUAUUGACAUAUAUUCAGCUAGUUGGGGUCCAGAUGAUGAUGGGCGUACUGUUGAUGGUCCUGCAAAGUUAACUAGGCGUGCUUUCGAAAAAGGCAUUAGAGAAGGUAGAGGUGGCCUCGGUUCGAUAUUUGUUUGGGCAAGUGGAAAUGGUGGGAAGGAUGCUGAUUCAUGUAAUUGUGAUGGCUAUACUAAUAGUAUUUAUACGUUAUCUAUAUCAUCAGCUACAGAAAAUGGAAAUGUUCCCUGGUAUUCGGAGGCUUGUAGUUCUACUUUAGCCACAGCAUAUAGCAGUGGAGCUUCUGGAGAAAGAAUGAUCUUGACUACUGACCUGCAUCAUUCAUGUACAAACUCACAUACUGGCACUUCCGCGAGCGCUCCAUUGGCUGCAGGAAUUGUUGCUUUAACUUUGGAAGCAAAUCCUAAAUUAACAUGGCGAGAUAUGCAGGCAAUUCUUUUUCAUAUUGUUGUUCGUACCGCUCAACCUUCAAAUCUACGAGCUGGUGAUUGGGUCAUGAAUGGCGUUGGAAGGAAUGUUUCUCAUUCAUUUGGCUAUGGCUUAAUGGAUGCAGGCGCAAUGGUUAAACUAGCCGCUUUUUGGACUACUGUCCCAGAACAAAAGAAAUGUACUAUUUCUUAUCCAGGACGAUACAAGUCUAUUUUACAAGGCAAUCGAUUACAACUCCAGCUUUAUAGCGAUGGCUGUGCGAUGGAUCCUCGAAAUAUGGUCAUGCAUCUGGAGCACGUGCAGGCUAUUAUAACAUUAACGGCACCAAAACGAGGCGACAUAGAAAUUUAUUUAACGUCACCAUCAGGAACAAAAUCAGUGUUGUUAGCAAAACGUUCACGAGACACGUCACCAACUGGUUUCCGUGAUUGGGCCUUUAUGACAACUCAUAACUGGGGAGAAAUGGCAAUAGGAUUAUGGACUCUUGAAAUCGAUAAUGAUAGCUGGGACGAUGCUCAACUAGUCCGAUGGGAUUUGGUAUUGUAUGGAACGUCAGUAAAAAUUGGUGCAAAUGGUCGCGUGCAUUCGUCAUCACUUGCUGCUCGAUCCAUUUCUAAAGAUCAACAUCCAGAAUUUCUUACAGAUGAUCUUCAUUCAGUCGCUGGUCCUUGUUUUAGCUUUACGUUUGUUCUUUUAAAUCUUUUCAUUUGUGGUCUCUUAUUGGAAAAGUAG